UCUGCCCCGGACGGAGCCCGUAGCCUAGGAAACGGGUGUAGCUACGAGACAACAACAUUGAUAAGUCAUUUUGUUAUCGCGUUACAUAAAAUUGUUGAAAAGGACCUUUGAAACUGUGCUACACCUCAAACGGCGCUUCGGAAUAGUUUCCUAUACCAAAACUAGUGUGCUACGUACAUUUGAAGAAAUGAUGUUUUUGACAGGUCAAGGAAUGGCUGGCAGACUUUGAGUGCGCUGGCGACGAGGUGCUAGUGGAGUCGUCGCCGCCCGCGUCGCCCGACAUGGCGGCGCGUCUUGCGCAGCCCGCGCAGACAACGGGCGCGGGCGGCGGGACGUCGCCGAGUGCAGUGCGCGAGCUCAUCGUCAUCCCGGAGAUACCCAACUCCAUACACCUGCAGCACGCCAUACAACAGGUGUCGAGCACGGUGGUGGAAGUGAACGGCGACAGUUCUGGUCACUCCAGUCCUACUACGGAGGCCCAGCACACCUACAUCACUGUCGCAAUGCAGGGCGCAUGGAAGGUCGAAGGCGAUCCUAUCAAGGUCGAGGCCAAUGCGAUCAAAGUCGAGGCGCCUGCUGAUCACGAAUUGACUACGCCUUGGAAAGUCGAUGUGGAUCCUAAUUCAAUGAAGCGUGAAACGUCCAAUGAUUAUAAAAGUGAGGGUGGCAAUGGUGUCAACUACCACGUGCAGUAUGUGGAGCCUCAGGAGUUGUAUGGACAAGGACACCAGGGUCAUAUGGACCCACUGCGCUCGUACCCGGUGUACGGCGUGGCGACAGUCGGCAACGCCACCUCCUCCACCGAGGCCACGUCAGCGGACAACAGCUGGGGCGGCGCCUCCUCCGCUGAAUAUACCGCCUACGGCGUAGUGGUGGCUGGUGACGAGGCGGAGACCCCCGCGUCCCCCGCGACCCCUGGCGCCGCGCCUCGCAUGCCGCCCGCCACCGUGCAGUGGCUGCUCGACAACUACGAGACCGCUGAAGGCGUAUCCCUCCCACGCUCGACCCUCUACGCGCACUACCUGCGUCACUGCGCAACACAUCGCUUGGACCCGGUGAACGCGGCUUCGUUCGGCAAGCUGAUCCGCUCCGUGUUCAUCGGGCUGCGGACGCGGCGGCUGGGCACGCGGGGCAACUCCAAGUACCACUACUACGGUAUACGAGCCAAGCCCACCGCGGGACACGACGGCGGACCCGCACACGAGCCCGCCAAUGAUAAGACCGAAGUCAGUGAACACCAGGAUUCGCGCGACCGCGAGCCAGAACAAAGCGGCGCGUCGCCUUGCAGCAUCCCACACAGACAGUACCUGGGCGCGGUGACGCCCCCCGACCCACCAGAGUUAGAACUCGAUGAGAUGCCCGAAGAUGUGCCUCGGAGUGCUCUGCAGGUGCUCAGGAGACAUCACCGCGAACACGGCGUAGAAUUCCUAGAAGCCGUGGCGGCGCUCGACACGGCUGGGGUCGAGCGCACCCGCCGCGCCUUCUGGCGCCGCCCGCCGCCCGAGCUGUGUCGCCGCGAGCUGUGCAAGCUGACGGCCCGUAAGGAGGUGGCCGACUGGCUGAGGAAGGCGGAGCUCGAGCUGUACCAGAAGGCCGUGGAGCUGCUGCUGCCCGAUGUGCUGCGGCCCAUACCGCCGCAGCUGACUCAGGCAAUCCGCAAUUUCGCCAAGAGCCUGGAGUCUGCGCUGGCAGCAGGCGCCGGCGGAGCCCCGGCGGCCGCGGCCCGCGCGCAGGCCUCCGCCGCCGCAGCCCUCGCAGCAGCCCUGAGGCGGUACACCUCGCUCAACCACCUGGCGCAGGCCGCUAGGGCCGUGCUUACCAACCAUCAUCAGAUACAACAGAUGUUGGCGGAUCUGAACCGCGUGGAUUUCCGCGUGGUGCGGGAACAAGCCGCCUGGGCCUGUUCUUGCACCAGCGCCGCCACCGCGCACAGACUUGAAGCUGAUUUUAAGGCGACGCUGGGGCGCGGCGCGUCGCUGGAGCAGUGGGCGGCGUGGCUGGAGGGCUGCGUGCGCGGCGCGCUGGCGGCGCACGAGCGCGCGCACGACUACACGCAGCGCGCGCGCCGCCUGCUGCUGCACUGGUCCUUCUACUCCUCGCUCGUCAUCCGGGAGCUCACGCUCAGGUCUGCGGCGUCGUUCGGGUCGUUCCACCUGAUCCGUCUGCUGUACGACGAGUACGUGUCGUACGUGAUCGAGCGCCGCGUGGCCGCGCACAGCGCCAGCCCGCCCAUCGCCGUCAUGCAGCGGCCGCAGGAGGACGAAGAAGACAUCCCGGAGGACGCGUCCCGCGAGGACGAGGCGGACCCGGACGACCCGGAGUGGGAGUGGGACGACGACGAGGAGGACGACGACGACUCCCAGGACUGCAAGAAGGUCAAACUCAGCUGCGGGUAGACUUCACCACCAGAAAUUCGUCUACAAGUUAGAAGGUAACAUAACAAACCAUCGGAACGGAGUAAGUGAGUCUUCUUGAAAAAAAAGAAUGUAUUCUAGUGAUACUUACUUUGCAAACACAAGUAUCCACUGAAAAUAUAAUAAAUAAUAUUUAUUUUUCGUUAAAACAGUCAUUUUGACGGUCACUAUUGUAUAAGUAACUAAAUGUUGAAUUGAAUAUUGAUGUAAGAUGUCGGGUAAGUGCUGACUUGAAAUUUACGAAAACGGUUUGUGGUGUAGAUAUAACUUCAGUGUUAGACAUCGUGAAUUUUACAAAGUGAAUUUGAUGUGGUGAAAUACAAAUACAUACAAAUGGGACAGACGGACAGACGUAACUCAGACACAGAAGAAUAUUAGUCGCGUACUUACAACGAUGCUUGUUAUUACAAUCCUCAGAUAAAUUACACGGUGUUAGUGACAUCGUAACGAAAACUUUGGGGGACGAUUCAGACCAAGAUUCUGAGUUAAUAUCAAGUGAAAUUUCCCGUCGCAACAGUAUGGAACUGAAAAUAAUUAAAAAAAUACAAAAAUUUUCAUUCAUUUUCACACUAAAUUUGUCCUUAGAAUGUUGGACUUAUUAACUUACUUACUGACUAUUGAUGACCGAUUAAAAAUGAAAUGAGAAUGCCUUGUUUUACAAGGUUUUUAUUAACGCCUUUGAGCCUGUAAUAAGCGGUUAUUAUUUGGCAUCAUUAUGACAUAAUAUUAUAUAAACAGACUAUAUACGUCCCGCUCCUUAAAGAACCUAAACAACUAAAUAAAAACUUGAAUAAUAUCACCAAUGAGGUAAACCUAGAUCAGACUAGGGAGGGAGCGGAGAGUUUCCGUUCUGUACGUAGUAUCAUUCCUUAUUCUGUGGUCAAACGCCUGACGAAGCUUUCGUUCCACACAUCAAGUUCACUUCAUAUAUAAUACAUAGCCUCAAUGUUUUAAAUGACUGUAAUAGAAUGAACCGUGUUAAAGAAUUCGUGUCUUUUAAAUGUAAGUUUGGACAACGCUAACGUCCAGAUUGCCAGGGCUACGCCCUUUGAGUAUGGAAAAAGGGUUCAACUGUGUAUAUACGCACCGUAGUACGAUUUAGUCAAUUUAUAUUUAUGUUUCAAAGCACCUGAAAGUAUGUAUUUAAGACAUACAUCAGUAUACCAAAGAACGUAAAGAUCGCUCAGAUUAUAUAAUAAAGACAUGUCGCAGGACAUACCUCCAUCAUAUCAGUCGUGUGAUUAGUCAUUUCUAGUUCCCAAUAGCUUGUGUUGAUAAUGUAAACAUACAGUUUACAUAGAGAAGUUAAUAUAAAACAUAUUCAACAUAGUCGUUAAAAUUUUCGUAGAUAAAUAAAUUAUACGCGUGUAUUGCUCUCGCUUGCUCGAUACAUUUAUCAUUACGUGUGCGAGCGAGACGUUUAUAGUUUUAACAUGUUUGUUCUAUUUGUUUCUUCUCCGCAAUAUUUGUUUUAGUACUUAUAACAAAAUGUUCGUAUUUCUGUCCAUUGUAAAACUAUUCGAUGUUACCCUUUAUGGCCUAAGUCACUUAGGAUUUAUUAAGUCGUUAAAUAUUAAGUAGUCACAUACGUUUUAAGUAGUACAUGUUCUCAUAAGACAAACUACCAAAGGACGUUGCAAUUUCAAUAUUAUUCAUAGAUUUAAAUUGACGGAAAAUAUAUCAGUUUGGAUUUACUGCAGUAGAUAAACAACAAAAUACUUUGAGCGUGUUCCUAAUUGGCCUAUUUUUAUACUACCAGUAGACAAAGACGUGCAUAAUAAUGCACUACAUAAAUAAUAAUUUAUUAUCAUAAUAAUAUAUAUCUUACCUAGUACCUAUACUGUUAUAAUUAUGUACUUGCCAAUGUGGAGAACGUUCUACAUUAAGUUCUUCAGGUAGCAUACUAAAGUAAGUUACCGUACUAAUUAGAAAUACACGAUCAUAAUCGACAUAUCCUCCCAUAUUGAUAUAUUUUCAUUCAUCGUUAUUCUAGGAGUAAAAUAAGCUUGACAAUACACGAGCUGUAGAUGCAGAUUUAUACGCAUAUUCAAUAAUCAUAAUUAAGCAUUUUCUAUAAUGACGAACGUAACUCAGCCUUGAUGGAUGCCUUAUACCGUGUACCUCAAAUUGCCACGUUGUUUGGUAAACAGGUUGUGCCGCAGCAAAUAAUGUUAACAGAUGUUGUGAUUGGUUUGGAAUUACUUAAUCUGUCUACGAGUAUGAGGAGAUUUUAUAAGGACGUGUCUCGGUUGAAGAUGUCAUCCGCCGGGUUUUCAAAUUAGGAUCUUGUUUGUAUGUUAAGUGCAGAGUUCGAAACUUAAAAUUGGUAGACUGGUAAUACCAUAGAGCAACAAAGACCUCCGCGGACCGGAGCGAAAUAACCACAUUUUUUAAUGUAAACACGUCCCAUUUAUUCGAUUAUCUUUCAAUCGAUAAUUCUUGUCUUUUGUCAUUCAUCGAUUCACUUUUUGAAAUUAGAUUUCGAACUCUGAAAAAUAAAUACGAUGAAAACAAAUAGUGAUACUGUUUUACAUAGAGGAAUGGAAUAAGUAACGGAUAUUUGAAAUUCGAAUUCGAAUGUUUUAUUGAUAAAGAAAUAUCUUCGAUCGAGACAUAUUUACGAAUAUGGAACUUAGAUUGUAUUUAUUAUAUUGGCCAUUGACAAUAGUGUAACGUUCUCUGGGGUCCAUUUAUAUUAAAUUGUAUACUAUAUUCACAUUAAUGUUGGUUCUUUCGGUUUUUUCAAAUGGGGCCCCGGAGUCGGCCCACCAGUGCCUACGUAAAUAGUUUAUCUUUAAAAUAUAAUAGAUAUCAGUCAUCAGAAAUGCCUUCAAGUAGAAAAAGUAUCACACUCGAAAUUAUUUUUGUCAGUUGUUUAUUGGAAAAAUGUUUAUUUAUUUUUGCAUAUUUAGUACGAUUCGGAAUUGCACUAGAUUAAUAAAGUAAAUGUCGUGCAUUAUGGACGUUACUUGGUGAUUCCUCUUGGAUCCGAGUAGCGUUCACAUAUAGAUGUUCGCAUAUGACCAUAUAAAUGUAAUUUAAGUAAGCGGUAAGGUAUUGCAAUGAGUGUUUGGAAUACAGCCGGACUGUAGCUAAACGUUCGACCACCUUUAGUACAACUUGGUAGACAUUGGGAUCACUAAACGCCUGAGCAACGCCUUUAUGAUAGGUUUAAUACAUUUCCAACUUUACUAGAUGUUCCAAACCUUUUUUGGUGCCGAUUCUGUCAGACGCCAACUUAAUUUUAAUCUAUUUCGACGUUUCUAAAACUAGUUCUAUCUCUGUCUUGCACUCAUGGUAAGAGAAAGACGGCAGUAUUUUUAGAAUUGUAAGACUAAAAUAAAAUUAAGUAUAGUUGGCCAGAAUCAGAACCACAAUCUUUAAUGGAUUGACAAAUCCAUGAAUAACUCGAUUAGUUGCCAUAGAACUUGAAUACAAAUUCUCGUUUAUUUACUGAAUUAAAUGUACAUAAUCAGAUUUAAAGAGAGGAAUUCUCUGCCGUUUUCUGUAUUUCCGAAUGCAUAUAACCCUAUGUGCUUUCAAAGUCAGAGUGAACAGGCACCUUUUGGGCGAGCUCGCUUCAUCUUAGGUAUCGUCAAUGCCUUUGGGGAAGUCUGGGGCCAAAAGAAAACCCAUCAAAAGUAAAAAAAAACAGUCGAAAAAAAAAGAUUUUUUUUCG